AUGAUUGCGAACAUGAAGCAGGCCAUCUCCAAGGGCUUCUCAACAGUUGCUCGCCUUCGACGGUCACAAGCUCCAAGAGUGGCGUUUGUGGCAAUCACACCGGACAAUCCAGAGACACCAGAAGGCAUUUCCUUCAAAGAACUGCUCCUGGAAGGACAUUUUGUGGAGUUGGAAGACAGCUUUCCCAGGAAAGUGACUGGCCUCGACGACCAGCUUGAUCAACCUGAGGAAUUUGCACUUCCAGAUCUUCCAGGCUCAUUGCAGGAUCCGGAGCAGCCGCAUCGGGUCUGUUGCUUGGAUCAUGAUGAGUUGUCCAAGCUUUGCGACAAGGCUAUGCAAUUGGUGGAUGAUGAUGACAUCAUGUCAACCGCCGGAAGUCGCGACGCAGGAACAGAAUCUGAGCCCGCAGCAUUUCUGUAUGGCAGGUUGGUGAGACGUUGCAAUUUGCUGCGACUUGGUGCUCCAAGUUGCCCCAGUGCUUUCACAAUCCCUUACAGCAAGGUGAUCGAUGCGGCGUCGUGCAUGGCAAAUCCCGUCGUGGGUGUCAAAUCUCCGUCGAUGCCCGUUUUUUGGCGCGGAGUGGUGGUUGCACUGGAGGACCUUGGGCAUGCAAUCUAUUCGGGAAGAACUUCAAGGGCGCUUAGAUCGCUUCAAGGCGAGUUGGAUGAGUUGGAUGAGUUGGAUGAUGCUGUCUUCCUGGAAAUCGUUGAGAAAGCUGAAGAGUCCGUCACGUUACCUGGCGCUGUCGAGCACGUUGCUCCUCCUUCGAAUGCUCCAGCUGAAGAGGAUCCACAGGCGAGCAGUCUGGAUCAGAUUUCCAGUUGCAGAGUAUGCCCUAAGAAGAAGGCUCUGCUGGUGCAGCCAAGGCUCAGCACUCCCAGCUGCCUCGAAUUGAUGACAUUCCCAGAGGCAGAGGCAGACAUUUUCGGAGGCAACACUGCGCUGGUGGAGGUGACCUCAAGAGUGACGGACCAGGUGAGCGUCCGAGCAAGACCUGGAGCCACGCGAAUGCUCAGGGUUUGCCAUGCCUUCCCAUCAGAUGAGCCCAUGUCGGUGGCGUGGCGCGACAUGGUGCUGACCAGUGACGAGCCGUUGACCUACAAGACCUGCAAAGACUUACAAGCCCCACAAGCCCUUGAGGCUGGCGAAGAGCUCCACAUUGGUUUGAAGAAUGGUCCUAGCAACACCUUUCAGAUCUCCGAACUCCCUGCAGAAGCGGACGGAAUGCUGUUGCUGGUCUGCUUCCGUCAGGGCCGGAAUACUUUGGACCUCCAAUUCCAGUCUCAUGCAUUCGUGCCAAUGCAGAACAGCACUGCACAAGUGGCUAUCAUGGACACCUACGAUGGGCCAGCCAAAUCUGAACAGUCGGAACUGCAUGUUGGCCGAGCUGGGGAGGUGAAUGCAGGCAGAAACAAACUGCGAAAACUGGAGUCGCAAUGA